AUGGACGUGCACAGAGUAUCGCACCACUCCAGAACGGAAUAUACUUUGGGCAACAUGGAAGAGAAGCUGCCUGGGAAAAUGCUGCCCUGUCAGGAGGACCGCCUGGACAGCGGCGUGGACUCAAUAGAGGACGAUCUGGUCAAGGACUUGGAAGAGUUGAAGAUGACCGAUAAUCGGGAGUUUACGCAUGAAUACGAACCAUGGAGGGCAAUAGUCACGGACGACGGAGACACGCUUUUACAUCUGGCCAUCAUUCAUGAAGCUCAAGAACAUGUCCUUGAGAUGAUCAAGCAGUCCCACAAUCACCCCUUCCUCAAUGUACAGAACCACCAGAGACAGACGGCAUUGCAUUUGGCAGUGAUCACAGAGCAGCCACAGCUCGUGGAGAGACUACUGAAGGCUGGAGCAGACCCCAGGUUAGCCGACAACAGCGGCAACACGGCCCUGCACAUCGCCUGCAAGAAGGGCUCUCUCGCCAGCUUCAGCGUCAUCACACAGAACUGCCACAACCACCUCACCCAACUCAUGUCCUUCCCCAACUACAGCGGACACAACUGCCUUCACUUGGCAUCUAUAAACGGUUAUGUAUCACUUGUGGAGAACCUUGUAGCGCUGGGUGCAGAUAUCAAUGCACAGGAGCAGUGCAGUGGAAGAACGGCUCUCCACUUGGCGGUGGACUUCCAAAAUCUGUUGUUGGUGCGUUGCUUGGUAGAGCUGGGAGCAGACGUCAACAGCUCAAACUACGGAGGCUUCACGCCGUACCACCUCACAUACGGUCGGCAAAAUGACGAGAUACGCCAACGAUUGUACCACAAGACGCCGCAAGAGCUGAGGCCGCUGCCCAUGAGCGACUCGGAAGAAAGCGAAAUUGAGGAUUUGGACUUGUCAAAUGAGGAGUUUUAUAACGACAUCAAGUUUGGGAAUUAA